AUGGGUAUCUGUAAAUGUAAAAAGAGAUCAGAGGAUUUUUGUUAUCAACACAAGAAGUUUAUUUGUGAGACUUGUGUAGUACCUGAUCAUCCUGUCGUAUAUUUAUUUCAUCCAGAAUGUAUAGAUGUUUAUGCAAGUACAUUACCACAAACAACAGCUUUGGCAGGAUACUCUUGUCCAAGUUGUAAGAAACCAAUAUUACCACCAUCAGAUAAAGUUGAUCCAUUAUCACAAAGCAUUAGAAAGGCAUUUAUGUUGUCAUCAUGGGCAGACUCUAUAUUAAAUAUAUCAGGUGGUGGUGGAGGUGGCGGGAAAUAUACAAAUGGACCUGCAUUGGCAUCAUCAAUAUUGUCACCAACUGGAAGUAGUGAUGGAUCAUCACCACAUAAUAUUAACGCAAAACAGUCAUUGACCAAUGGAAUCAAUGGUCACAAUGAUUACUAUACAUCUCCAACCUCCUCAACAACAUCUAUCAAUAAUUCAUUAUUAGAGGAAACACCUCCAUUAUCACAUCUUAACAACAAUCCAUACGGAUUGGCUAUACGUAAACCUCAACAACAGCAACAACAACAAUCAACAGAAGCCAUCAUAAACAUGGGUGAAAAUAAUCUCCAAGAUGAAGAAGAGGAUAAAUAUAACAAAAAAAUAUUACCAUUACAAAGUUUAAUGAGAUUUAAACAAGAAAAUCAAAAAACAUUUUAUAUUAUCGUGGCAAUUAUUUGUAUAUUAACUUUUUAUGUAUUUUCUAAAUUUAAUAGUAGUACUUUACCAGAUACCAACUCACCACCAACAACUCCACCAAUUCAAGGUGGUCAAGGAAAUAAUCCUGAUGAAUAA